AACAAUCUUUUAUCCUCCUGACCGGGCGGCUUUUUGGAUAUCCUGGGUCGUGGUGGUGGCGGCGGUGGUGGAAAACUUUACAUGUAGACUAGAAUAGAGGUUAAGACACAGACAAUUCCUAUCAACUCGCGACAAUCCUGAUAAAUGUAUCUAACUCCAGCAAUUUGCACUAAAAUCUAUAGAAAGCUGGUUUUCUUUCUUUAGUCUCCACUCGCCCCGUCUGAAAAUGGAUUCCAGAUAUAUGUUGGAGAAGUCGUCGGUCGGAACAAGGGUCGGCGGAACGGAUUUUAACUGCCGGGCCGGCCGCUCCGUGCUCCGCGACGCUCGGGUCCCCACGGUGGAAAGAAGCGGUCCCAUGCCGGCGUACACACACGGGCCCGUCCUUUACAAAUUUGUAAUGGACGCCAGUUCAGCGGCGGACGUGAAAAGCGAAAGAAGCUCCUCAAAAGGGAAUGGACUGUCUCCGGGUGGUCGAAUAUUGCACGACAUGGAAAAAACUGGCCUGGGGGACCAAAAAGACAGUGGUUCCAGUGGGAUCCUGAAGAGGGCCAGCCCCACUCACUGCCCGGGCAUAAAUGGGCAGCUGCCAGGCGGCUUCAUGCAUUUGGACAUCAGCAACCCAGGGAAACAGGCAGAGCUGGCCAGCAGCUUCAGGGCAGCGCAAGUGCAGAAUGUACCGCCGUCAGAAAGACAAUCCCUCUCCUCCUCCCAUAUCCCUGUCCCCAGAAACAGGAAGCCCUCAGGUCACGCUGAUAAGGAGGUGAUGGCUGCCACCGUCCUGACCUCACUAUCCACAUCCCCUUUGGUGCUCUACCCUUCCUCUGCAUCCACAGUCCCAGAGCCAGCCAGCAGGGCAUGGAAAGAGGUUCUGUCAGCUAGCUACAGCAGUUCCACCAGCGGCAACUGGAGCUGGGAUGCCAGCGACCAAUCGGUGCCCUCCACCCCGUCCCCACCUCUCUCUAACGAUACCAACAAGAGCUUCCUGCUCUCGUCCCAGGGUGAUGAUGUCAGUGAGGAUGCCACAGAGAGCACGCACUUCAUGUUUGAGGACCCCAUACCUCGGAAGCGAAAGAACUCCAUGAAGGUGAUGUUCAAGUGCUUGUGGAAGAACUGUGAAAAGGUCCUUAGCACCUCCUCAGGGAUCCAGCGACACAUCCGCACCGUCCACCUGGGGCGAAACAACGACUCGGACUACAGUGAUGGAGAGGAGGACUUUUACUACUCAGAGAUUGAGGUCAACAUGGACAGCCUAACGGAGGGCUUGUCCAGCCUCACGCCCACCUCCCCCACCACGGCUGGUCCUCCACCUGUCUUCCCGCCACCACUCACUGAUGUCCCUCACUCCGAACACAUCAACAUGACUGGUUCGCAGAGCCACGCCCCGACACUGCUCAGUCAAUCAGCUCCCUCCACUCUCUGCCACAUUCGCACUGACCACGCCUACCAGGCCACUGCUCCAGUGAGUAUCCCAGUGGGUCCCGAGCUGGCAGGGUUAGACAGUGGUAAUGGGACCGGGCCUGGAACUGGGACUGGGAAUGGCAUCAGUGUGUCAUGGCAGUCCCCUCCUGUCAUUUUCAAAGGCGUCCCGGGGCCUGUGACUCAUGUCCGAACAGUUAGUAUCGGUGAGAAGCGGCAGCCAGCAGCCAACACACACACCACUGUUAACAAGAACCAUGCUUUGGUAACGCCACCAGCUAAGUCAACACCAGGAACCAGGAAACCCCGUGGGGAGGCGAAGAAGUGCCGAAAGGUAUACGGCAUGGAGAAGAGAGACAUGUGGUGCACAGCCUGUCGCUGGAAAAAAGCCUGUCAGAGAUUCACCGACUAAUCCAGUCCCCUUCUCCUGUCUGCGAGAUGAACUCUUCCUCACUCAGAGUGACAGCAAGGUGGACUCUUCCACUGGUGAGAUGAGGGGAGAUUUCUUCAUGAUGGAGCUCUCAGUGCUGCUUCCUUCAGCCCAGCAGGGGUUUCGCCUUCUCUCUUUUCCGUUUCCAAACACAAAGAGAAAAUAAAACCGGUGGGUAAAAACAAACAAACAAAAAAAUCAGCAAGAAAAAUGAACUUUAUGCAGGUUUGGAGACUUUUUCUAAGACUGAGACAUUUUCACUCUGUUGAUGAAUAAGGAAAAAAAGAAACAUUUAAAUUGGUUUUUGAACCUUCUGAUUUGAUUUUUGUUUAUCACUUGCCAUUUUUCAUGGCCUCAAUUCAAGGCAAUGUUUAAAGACUACAGAUAAGCUUUUUGUUAAACUCUGUUGUUCAUUGUAGGAGCAUCAUGUAAGCCACUGUUUACGGGGUGGAUCGUGACUCUUUUUUUGGAGGUUCAAGGGUUAACACCAGCUUUGCUCGGUAAAACCUCUGUAGCAUAUCCGUUUUUUCAUUGUCACUGUUUAAGGGACUUCAAACCUACCAAAGGCAAAAAAGCCUGUUCACUUACAACCAACAGCUUAGGUGUAAGCUCAAUACCGAAUCUAACAUCACUGUCUUCUGCAGCCUUACUGGGUAUCGACUGUAUGUUUAAACACAUAUUGUUCAAUAUCUAACAACCUGUUCAUUAGUCAAAUUCAGUACAGCCAGCGACACGUCUUGUAAUUUUGCAAAAAUGCACAAAAACCUCACACCAAGUGGUACAGAGAGUUUCCCCUUGACUUUCCAAAAUAUUUGAGAGAUGUACACAAUAUAUGAAAUAUAUCUCCCUCUUCUUUUCUAUACUUGUGCCCUAGAGAUAUGCACCUUGAAGAAAUAAGUCGACUUUUAGAGUAUCACUGUAACCACAGCGUAUGCCUGAGAGAACGGAUAUCUGUUUCUUAUAUAGAGUUUAUUUUCAGCGAUGAAUUGCUUAAGCAACUAGCAGUUGCACUGUGCAAUCGGCAGAAUUACAGCAUUUCAUAUUGUCUUUCUUGCAUUGUGGUUGUCAUUGUUAUUGGGGUGAAUUGAGGCAGAAAGGCUAAUUUUUUUCCUUCGACAGCUGAUGUUCUUAAAAAGAUUGUUUACCACAAUGAAUGAUAAAUGAAUGAUUACUGCCCUUUGAAACUUUAACUUACAGUCUGACUGAUGUAAAUUCUGUAUGUAGAUAAAUAACAUAGAGAUUGUAACCCAACAAUCACUACCUGAUAAGUCAGGCAUUCUAAUUCGUUUCUUACCAUUUUAAAUGGAGAGAUUACCCAAUCUGUCGUCUUUGGAAUAAUUAUCAUUAACCAGCAGUGCAGCAUUUGUAGAUACCAAAUCUAACUUCAUAGGAAUUAAGACUUUUGUCUGUGUUUUCAGUAGAUGUUGUGUUUAAUCCUUUAAAAUCAUUCACUCUGGUCUGACAUUUGAAAAUGAAAAGUAAGAAUCAAAUCAAGUUGAGUGCAGAGCAGCAGUGUCAGUGGUCAACUGUAUACCGAUUCGUUUGGAAGUAAGUGUAGCAAAAGUUAGAAAAUGUUCUACCAAAGUGGAGUUUUACCUUUUUAGAGUAGGCCUGUAUUAGUUAAUAGUUAACAUCAGGCUAAGUUUUCCAAGCUUUAGAUAAAAUAUAGGUGGUAGAUUUUUAGAUAGUUUUUUUUUUUUUAAAGCAGUUUCCAUCAAUAUUGGCCACUCUAAGAAAUUAACACCUUUUAAUGCUAAAACCCAAUCUGUUACUUGCUUUGUACCUAUUAGUUGUCUAAGAUAUAAAACAGGAACAGAAAAAAAUGCAAAGAUAGCAGUUAUCUUACAGCUGUGUUUUCUAGAAAUCUUUAUAAAUGAUACCCUCCUGCAACACAGGAGUGUGUUCCCACAAGACAAAUACAGUAAAAUGACUCAGUUAGUUUUUUAAAGUUUACCAGCCUCAAACUAUAAACUCGGAAUUGGUUUGUUGACAUUGAUGGACAAGCUAAUGAUGAUCUCCUAUUGGUGAUAUUAAUGAUGAAAGUAGAAGACCAAACUACACAUCAAUAGUCAUAAUUAAGAGUGUUUUUAAGUAACUCUCACAUUGAGAAAUUUCCACAAGAGUUUCCCCUCUUUAGUAACAUAUAGUCGUCCUUAACCUGCUCUGAGUCAACUCAUGAUAAAAGAGCUGAGCAUUUUAACCCAUGUCUCAACCAUAGAGUCAAUUAUUUAUAUAUCCCAAAAUUAUAAAUUUCCCUCAACGUGCUUCAGUCUGUACAACAUGCAAUCCAGAUAACAAAAAAAACUCUGCAAGAUUUUUAAAAAAAUUGUUUUUCUGAUCUGAUCUCAGAGGCAGAGUCAUGACAGUAGAUGUAUUUUUUUAAGAGAUUCACCCUUGUGCUGUUUGUUAGCAGCUUUUUUUGAAUGUAGAUUCUGCCGCAUGUCCUCUACUCUAAGCGCUCCUGACACUGACCUUACCUGAUCACCAUAGCAACGUAUGACAAACACACACAUACACACUUUCACACAUAUACUAUUACACAGUGCCUGUCCUUUCCUAUAUGAGCAGGCCAACUUUGAGCAGACUCCUUGACUGAGGAUCAGUGCGACUUCAGACCGCUGUCGCCAUAGAAACACCUGUGCUGUCCUCUGUCGCUACAGGGUUACCCGUGCCGCCUGCUGUCGGCCGAUACUGCGUUAGAAGUGACCAGUUAUCACUUCUCAGUGACAGAUGAGAAGCAGAUGCUUGACUGUUCAUUGCUGGUUUGAAGUAAAUGAGCAAAAACAUAUUAAGCACACAUGGUUGCUGUAAUACUCAUUAUUAAUGUCUCAUUCAGUUCCUGUUAUAAGCCACCAUAUUGUUUGAAAAAUUACUGAUCCUGCCUGUAAAGCGUUUAUUCCAGUGGCAUAAGAUAAGCUAGGUCUCCCUCUGUCUCCGUUUAUGAGAGCAGUGGGCAGGCCUCCUCCGGUCAGAAACUUCACAAAGUGCCAAUGAAAAGAACACAGAAAAGGAAACGGUAUACUGACCUAUUGAAAUUGCACUACGUUGCACUGCGCAAAGACAUGUUUUUAUACAUGGACAUUUUAUAUAAACAAAUUUUGAAGUGAAAGGAUUUUCUUUUUCUUUUUUUCAAGGGGGUGGGAGGGGUGUCGUCACUGCCCGAUGGAAUAAAUGGGGUGUCAGGGAUAGGGGUUCUGUACCUCUGGGGUCCCCCCAUUAUUAGCAGGUGAUCUUAACAGUUAAUGUCUUGCUCUCUUUGUCAGAUUUUAUCGUACUAAACAUAGUGGUGCUGGCAGUUGUAGAAGUGUGGUACUGGGAAGUACAGUGUGGUACUUAGGUUAAUCAGUUACUUUGCCUUUCCUCGCAGGAGUGCCAAGGGCUGAAAAGCAGCACCUGCCUUGUCUCAGUGAUGGGAAAAAUGCGGUCUCAGUCAGUAGCUACACAUUAUUGUAUUGAUAACAGAUGCUUUACAGCAUUUUAUUGCUUGGAGUUUUUUUUCACAACACACAAACACACCCACACACACACACACACAGUUUUUAUCUAGAAAGCUCACCUUUGUGCUUCCUUUACUUAAGUAAAAAAAAAAAAAAAAAAAAAAAAAAAAAAAACAAGAAAAAGAAAAAACAGGUUCAUGCUUCUUUACAUUUUACUGAGCUGAGAUAGUAAUUGUAGAUACUGUUAUUAGUGCUGGAUACCACUUUUAAUUCUGUUAUCUCUGGUUUGGUCAUAGAGUGAGUGUCAAAUGCAGCCCAUCAGCUCUCUCUCCAUCCUCAGUGUAAGCACUUUUAGAUUCCACCAGCAGGGUCAGAGGCCGAUGCUUUUGCUGGCAGUGAAUGGGACUGUUAGCACAUGUUAAGCUAACAGCUCCCCCCCCCCUUUGAUCAUUGGCCACUAUUCCACCUGUUUAUUUCAAGUUGCACUAAACUGGCCCGUGACGAUUAAAGGCCCAGGCUGCAUCAUUAAGAGCUUGGCUCAGCUGCUUGGGCCCUCGUGGCCAGAAAGAACUCUGGGUACAAAGUUGCUCUUGUGCACAAAUCUUGGACAUGAGAACUUUAUUGGUGAAUUCUUGCGAAAUAGAUCAACAAUUAAAAACCCUACAAAACGAGAGAUGGAGAUUGAAGUUGACUUAAUAAUGGGCGUGCAGGGGAAACUGGAGGUCGACAGUAGAGGGAAAGCAGACAUGAGACACGCAGUGACGAUAUAGAUGGAUUUGCAGUUUCAGGGCUUUCUUGUACAUAUGCAACAUUAAGAGAACCGUGAGGCUUCUUCAUGUAUUGAUGUUGAUUUUGUUGUUGUUGUAUCUCUGUUAUAUGAAAAGGAAACUUUUUUACAGUACAGUUGCUCAGAAUAUUUUUCUUUCAUUUUUUUAAAAAAGUCGAUUGAGAAGCUAUAGUGAACAUAACACGUACAGAUUCGAUGUAUAUUGUAGCUUAGAGGCAAAGGGGAGAAAAACAAAACCUGUUGAAUGUAAAACCUACAAAAAGAAAAAAAGUCUCUUUUUUUGUUGUUAUAUUUGCUGGCUAGUUUGUACUGCCUGUAGUGAACCAGUAGUGCACCCUGAUUUUGGUAUCCAAAUCUUUAACACCCACAGACAGCUGUCACCACACUGCUAAAUCAUAUCAAAUAACACAACCAUGCAGUAUUGCUUUACUAUCUUACUUUGUGCAAUGAGACGCUUUAUAAUGGAACAAGAACUAACUUGAGCUUUUUGGUGACAUCUGAGCUACUCGCUUGCCCUGUUGCGGUUUCGUCUUUUGUCUUUCUCCCUGCCAAAUAGUCUUUUUUUUUUUUUUUUGAACACUUGUGGUUAUCAUUGUCGUGGAUGUUGUUUGUGGUUGUGACGUUAAGUUGUUGUUAGGCAGGAUAACGUUCGACCUUUGGUCACGAUUAAAUUUUUAACCUUGCGGGAAUCUUCAUCCUGCCCUGCACAUUCCAACAGACAGCACACUUUUAGUGUCUUCCUCUUGUUUCCCAAUUGACAUAUCCUUCCCAUUUCCUUUUCACUACAGUGAUUCUUCUCCAGUCGCUUUGCCUGCUAUCCAGCUUUACUGUGGUCCCACUCAAGCCUUUACCCAGUAUAUUAAGCUAAACUAAACCCUUGAAAUGUGCAUAAAAAAAGCCUUCGUUUUUUUUUCCAAAUAUGUCAAAAUUUAUGUGCUGCUUUCUUGAAUGUCAGUUUUCAUUUGUGUGUAAACCAGCAGCAGCAAAGCCAAUAGAUCUCCUUCCAAAUCAAAUGUAAUGCAUCGCAAUGGCAGCUCCACUCAGUUCUCGGCUUCUUCUACUGUGCUCUUAUUGUUUGUCCAGGCUUUUACCCUCUGUCUGUCAGAUCUCUCAUUUGAUGACCAUUUUUUUCUCCUGUUGUGUUUUUACUGAGCCUUACACUGGCUGGUGUGAAAACUGACUUUUGCUUUGUUUUGUUUUCUCAUUGAUUGAUUGAUUGAUUGAUUGAUUGUCUGGCUGAGUUUGAGGUUGUUUUGCGUGUCUAGCAUCGCUCAUUUUUUCCCCCCUGUUUGUUUUUUUUGUCAGGAGAUACAACACUGAAGGGUUUUAUGUGUUAGAUUUCCCCUUUCAGUAACUGAUAACUCAAGGCUGAUUUUAGUUUGUUUUCCUCUAAAUGUAAAGAUGCUCAUUGCAGCCAGACACACACGGAGCACUGAAAGCGUUUUCAGGAAAACGUGACAUCAGCCUUGGGUCUUCACUGGAGGGCAGGAUUUCUCCUGUGUGUGGGCUCAGCCUCUGGUCUUCAUCAGCAGUCCCACGCACAUGGAGGAAGCACUUUCUGAGGAGUGGUGCACUCAAAGAGUAUUUGUGUGAAUGUCAAGCCUAUGACUAGUGCUUGAAAAGAUGGAUGACCAUGUAUGAUGCUGAUAAUGUGAUCUAUGUGAUGUAAUGUGACAGAAAGAAAAUAAACCUGAAUGGAAGAAG